ACUCGUGGCUAGCUUAAGCAAUUUAUUACAAACAUGAAGACUGAUAUUUGUAAGGAAACAUAACCCGAUUGCAGUUAUAUUUGUUGUGCUAAUUAUAUUAUAUAUUCAGCUUUAUGCAAGAGAUCUUUCCGUUUCUUUUCAAAUUUUUUUCUAUUUUUUCCAAUGGUGGUUCAUUAGGCUUUAGCCAAAUUUCUCAAGAAGUUGAUCAAACAAAAUACACUAAAAGAUCAUGGGCAGUCAUCGUUGCUGCAACAAACAGAAGAUUAAACGAGGGCUAUGGUCUCCUGAAGAAGAUGAGAAGCUCAUCCGAUAUCUCACCACCCGUGGACAUGGAAGCUGGAGUUCUGUCCCAAAACUUGCUGGUUUGCAUAGGUGUGGAAAGAGUUGCAGAUUGAGAUGGAUAAACUAUCUAAGACCAGAUCUUAAGAGGGGUUCGUUCACUCCAGAAGAAGAACAGAUCAUCAUUGAUGUUCAUAGAAUUGUAGGCAACAAUAGAUGGGCUCAGAUAGCCAAGCAUCUCCCUGGAAGAACAGACAAUGAGGUGAAGAACUUUUGGAACUCGUGCAUCAAGAAAAGGUUUCUCUCCCAAGGGUUGGACCCAAACACUCACAAUCUAAUAUCUUCUCACCAGAAAGCCUUCGGUAAGGUUGCAUGCAGUAUAUCUCAAGGCCGCCAUGAUCAACAACCCAUUUCAGUUUUCACACUGAAUUCUCAGAACUCAGAUUCUAUGAAAAUGGAAAUACCUAAUCCUCCGCCUUCGUUGCUUCAAACCAUGGCCAUAACCACCACUGAAGAUCGAAACCCUAAUGUUGCUUCAAACUUUGGCUGCACACCUUAUAUUUCUUCAUCUUCCUCUUCCUCCUCCUUGAAUUCAUCUGGGUUUGGGAUCAUAAAUCAUGAGAGGGAUACUGCUCCUCUCCAACACUGUGGGACACCAAGAAUAGAAGGAGAGCGACCAAUAUUGAGACAAGAACAGCAAUUUGAGAAAAAUGAGUAUCAUCAGAUUUGUGAGAUGGAAACCGAUCAAAUCAGUGAAUUAGCUAAGGGUAACCAGAACAUGAAUGCUUCAGUUGGGAGCUCUGACUUGGAUCUUCUUGAUCAGUAUAUGGAGUCUACACUUAUGUCUGGUUUAAUGUAUUAUGAUUUGAGCUAUAUAGACGAUCUUGCAUGGAAAUAGCUAUAGCAGGCUUUCAUUUGUGUCAUGUAUAAGUGGGUUUUGCUUUGUAAAUCUGUAAUGCCCUUCUUGCCCAUAUAUACACAAUCGAGAUGCUAUUUUGAAAUCUGGUGACAGGGAUCAAGGUGGGUUGAAUUUGUAACGUUUGAGAUGUGGACAAAAAAAAAAAAAAAAAAAAAAAAAAAAAUAGGGAUUAGUACAUGUGAGAAGAGCUAGAAGCUUGUAAAAAAACAGUGUUUCAUAUUGGAGUUUUGCCUAUCUCUCUGCUCCUCCAGAAAUAAAAGCUAGCUCCUCCAAAUACCCGCCGGAAAAGUCCACCGGGUAAAGGGAGAAACUCCUCUCCUACUCUAAAUUCGGCCUCCCCAGCUCAUACUUCCCUUUUUUUCUCCAUCUUCCUCGUACUUUUCACUCCAUUUUUUUCUCUUUUUUCCUUAUUUCUCUUUGCUAAUUUGAAGAUAGAUCUAUACAUUGCUCCACCUAACUGUUAAUCAAGAAAAUCAGACGAACCCCAACAUCAUUAAUAUUCUCACUCAACAGCCAAAUCUUCACAGCUCACAACCAAAUCAAGUUCAAUCUCCAGGUCCUAUUUUGUAGGACUUAUCUCAUCUUUUCUUACCUUACUUAUAUUUGAAUUGUAAUCUUGUAUUUGAAUUAUCUAUCUCUUGGUAAUGUUUAAAUUCUUGUACUUUCUAUAUAUAUGAAAAUCA